AUCAUUGAACUUCAUUAUACAAAAAUAUAUUUUUUUCUACAAUAAUAUCAGUACGGAGUUUAGUAUCAAGAUGGCAAAUCUCGAUCCUAAGCUGUCGAUAGUGCAUAUGAAAAGUCCAUUAAGCCCACAUUGUGUGCUUGCUUCGAAAUGUAAUAUCCGAUCAUUUUCAGGUAUUACAUUCCUACAGGUUUCAUCAGCCUUUUUAUGCCCAUGUGGGGCAGACACUAUCAUCUGGCAUCCACCCUAGCAUUUUUGUCACCUCUUUCCCCCGUGAAACUUCUCAUGGGUCCAGCACCAGCACCAAGGGAUAAAUUCUGACCCCUCUAAAGCAUGAUAACAAUAUCCAAGAGGAGAUCCCCACUAUUUUCGUUUGGAUAAUACAAGAAAAAAAGAGAGAAAAAACCAGGAACACACAAAUGGGUAUAACACCCGCCCCAACGCUUCCCACUUUCCCACCCUGGGCAUCAUGGCCACAGCUUUCCUCCCCAGCUUCUGCAACAACUCCGGCAACAUCUCCCCACAACGACUACUCGACCCACAGCCUCAUCUCCUCUCCGCAUCAAAUGAUCUCAAAACCAAACCUCCAUCCAAAUUGAACAAAGCCUCCGUCGCCCGCACCCUCCUCUCCUACAUCGAUUCCAGCCGAAUGGAGGAAGCUCUCUCGCUUUUCGAAACCACGAAGAAGCCCGACACUUUUCUCUGGAACCUCAUGAUCAGAGGAUACGCAAACAGCGAAUUCUACCAAGAGGCCAUGGAUUUUUAUCAUCGUAUGCAGGCUGCUGGGAUGCGAGCGGAUAACUUCACCUUCCCAUUCGUGAUCAAGUCUUGCAUCGCCUUGUCCUCUUUCGAUGAAGGAUUAAAAGUCCAUGGAAGGCUGUUCAAGGUUGGAUUGGAUUCGGAUCUUUUCAUAUGCAAUUCUCUGAUAGGCAUGUAUUCGAAGUUCGGACUUGUAGAGGAUGCCGAGAGGGUGUUCGAUGAAAUGCCGAUAAGAGACAUUGUUUCUUGGAACUCGAUGAUUGAUGGCUAUGUGCUAAAUGGGGAAGGGUGGAGAUCGCUGAUUUGCUUCAGGGAGAUGCAAGAGGCUUCUGGGUUGCAACAUGAUCGGUAUGGGGUUAUGAGUGCUCUUGCAGCCUGUUCUUUGGAGAUGUCUGCGAAUCAAGGGAAGGAGAUUCAUUGCCAUGUAAUAAGGCAUGGGCUUGAAUCAGAUAUCAAGGUUCAAACUUCCCUUCUUGAUAUGUAUUGCAAAUGUGGAAAGGUUUUCUAUGCUGAGAGAUUGUUUCAGACAAUGAAUCAAAGAAAUGUUGUGACUUGGAAUGCUUUAAUUGGUGGAUAUGCUCUGAACAAUCAACCCCACAAGGCAUUUGCUUGUAUUGUCGAAAUGCAAGCCGAUAGCAUCGGUCCAGAUGCGGUCACAAUGGUGAAUCUACUCCCGGCUUGUGGUCAGGUAAGAGGCAUAUCUCAUGGGAAAGCAAUUCAUGGCUUGUCGAUCAGAAAAAGUUUUCUCCCCCAUCUGGUUCUGGAGACUGCUUUGAUCGAUAUGUAUGCGAAAUGUGGGGAACUAGGAUCAGCAGAAUGGUUAUUUGAUCAGAUGACUGAAAAGAGUUUGGUAUCAUGGAAUGCCAUGAUUGCAGCUUAUGUACAAAAUGGGAGAAACAUGAAGGCUUUGGAGGUUUUCCUUAACCUUUGUAACAGGAAUUUAGAACCAGAUCUCUUCACCAUCUCAAGCAUCAUGCCGGCAUAUGCCGAGCUAGCAUCACUGCGGUAUGGAAAGCAAAUACACAGUUAUGUUUUGAAGUCAAAGUAUGGAAGCAACACUUUGGUUUUGAAUUGCAUCAUAUAUAUGUAUGCAAGAUGUGGUGAUUUAAAGACCUCAAGAGAGGUGUUUGACAGAAUGGUGUGCAAGGACAUCGUUUCAUGGAACACAAUUAUAAUUGGAUAUGGGUAUCAUGGGCAUGGGAAAAUAGCGUUAGAUCUGUUUUCUGAUAUGAAAAGUAAAGGGAUUCAACCGAAUGAGAGUACCUUUGUAUCGGUAUUAACUGCUUGCAGCUUGUCAGGCUUGGUAGAUGAAGGUUGGCUGAAUUUUAAUGCUAUGCAACAGGAAUACAACAUUUCUCCUCAGAUUGAGCAUUAUGGAUGUAUGGUUGAUCUCCUAGGCCGAACUGGAGAUCUCAAAGAGGCGGUAGACUUCAUAGAGAGAAUGCCAUUGGUCCCAACAGCAAGGAUUUGGGGAUCUCUUUUAACCGCAAGCAGAAACAAAAAUGACAUAGAAAUGGCAGAGUUUGCGGCGGAGAAAAUCUUUGCACUAGAACACGAUAAUACCGGCUGUUAUGUUCUGCUUUCCAGCAUGUAUGCUGAUGCAGGGAGGUGGUCGGAUGUCGAGAGGGUGAAAUCUCUUAUGAAGGAAGAAGGGGUACAAAAGACAACAGCUAGGAGCCUGCUUGAGCUUGAUGGUAAGACAUGCACUUUUAUUAAUGGAGACAUGUCACAUGACCAAAGCAAUAUAACCCAUGAAGUAUCAGACAUCCUCUCAAAAGGAAUAGGGGAAACUGCAAAUGAUUCUGAUUUUGUGUUUAAUCCAGUAGAAGUAGGAGCAAAGAAAGCAUCAUUGCCUAAAAGGCACAGUGUAAGGCUUGCAGUUGUUUUUGGCUUAAUAUCCACAACAGUGGGAAGCCCCAUCCUCGUAAAGAAGAAUGUCAGGAUAUGCAAUGACUGCCAUCAUGCUAUUAAGUUGAUAUCUAGAUAUAGCAAACGGGAAAUUAUUAUAGGGGAUACAAGGAUCUAUCAUCACUUCACUGAUGGGUUCUGUUGCUGUGGUGAUUAUUGGUGAUUUUCUCCUUCAUAGAUUGGAUCCUGAUAUUCUUGAUAAAAACUAUGGUCCAAGCAUACAGAGGUAAUGCAAUGAUUAGCAGGUUCAAAUGACUUGGACAUUGGCAAAGUGCAGCCUGAUGAUGAAAGUGAGAUAAAAAGUCUAUCAAACUGUUCCAAGAGGCAUGAAAUCCACAAAUGAACCUGCACUACUGAACAAAUAAGCUUACAAGGUGAAAGUAGAGAAAAGGUUCAUGUUAAACCAAGCUUUUGUUGUUUUUUUUUUCUUGAGCUGGAUUUGCUGGAGAUUGGAGAAUUGGAGCAUUGUGAGCUCAAUUCAUUUGGAAGCUCUAGGAACUUGAGAACAUUAAAGCAUGCCCAACUUGAAUGUCUACAAUUUUGUUGACAGAGAACCCUAAAGAGCAGAACUAAUUUGCUUCCGGGGCAGGGAGACCAGUUGAAGGAAUUUGCUUCAGCUCUUUCUGGGUCAAAUUUAUGUACUCUGAAUCUGCAAUGUGAUGUAAAUUAUUCGAAGUACCAACUGAACUUUUCAAGGGGCGGCUGCUUCGAAUUGUAUAAAGUGAACAGGACUGCAAAAGCAAGUGUGUGCCGAAACUGUGUCAUAAAUAUAACUGUCCAUGUAUCUAGGAUUAAAACUGUGACAGCGGUCAACACGUCAAGAAUAAAGUAAAACAAUAAUUU